AUGGUUGAGCUAUCAGCGAUUUUAUAUUUUUCUGUUGUACCAUGGUUGUGGUACACAGUUGUUCACCAUGGUAUUAUCCUAAACGCCUAUGUACAAGAAAAGAUUGGCAUUGAUUUGGGUAUUGGGGCAGAUAGUGAGAUUAAGUGCUCCAUCAUGUUUUUCCUCUACACAGCUCUACUCGUAUUUGUGGAUUCAUUCCCAUGGACAACCUAUAGCACGUUUGUAAUUGAAGCACGUCAUGGUUUUAAUAAACAGACGUUUGGUUUCUUCAUUAAGGACCAAAUAAAGUCGCUGUUUAUUUCAAUGCUCAUUGGUAUUCCAGUGUUAUCGUGUUUGAUAUGGAUUAUCAAAGCUGGUGGACAAUAUUUCUACGUAUAUGCUUUUUUGUUCACUGUCUUAGUCACAGUAUUUUUGAUGUUUGUGUAUCCAGAAUUUAUUGCUCCUCUGUUCGAUCGAUAUGAGCCUUUACCCGAUGGGUCUUUAAAGACAAAGAUUGAAGCAUUAGCUGCAUCUAUCGAGUUCCCUUUGAAAAAGCUUUUAGUCGUUGAAGGAUCUAGACGUUCAGCUCAUAGCAAUGCUUAUUUUUAUGGAUUUGGUAAGAACAAAAGAAUCGUUAUCUUUGAUACACUAAUUCGUGGCUUCAAAUUCCCGAAUAAAAGUGAAUCUGUAAAUGAGCAAGAUAAUAAGGAGGAUUCUUUUCAACGUGGUUGCUCAGUUGAUGAGGAAAUACUAUCGGUUAUUGCCCAUGAAUUAGGACAUUGGAAACUUGGUCAUACAAUUUAUAAUCUGUUCAUCGGAAAGGCGAAUCUUUGA